AUGCAUCCUUCUAUUGAUAUCAAGGAAUUUAAAGAAAAAUUAUCUACAGGGUUACCCUUUCAGCGUUCAUUUCAGUUCUGGUUCGAGCGGUUGAUAUCUAUACUGACUACAAGAAUUUUAAAGCACAUACUUCUAAUCAAAUUGUUCAGAGAUAUUCUAAAGAAUCUUCGUCUUCAGGUUUUUGCUUUUCAUGAUGAGGAGGCACAGGUACAACAUCCUGGUGUUCAGAAAUUGAUGAUGACUGAUAUUCGCAACUUGCAAGCUUUUGCAUUAUAUAUGCAAAAGACAGAUAUAAAAUUCGAUCUAUAUUCUGUAACCAAGGAAAUGGAGAGACAGGAGGGUUCUAGUGAUGGAAUCCCCAUCCUGAAGCUUGGUGAUGAAAUAGAAAAAAGAGGGAUAAAUUCCAGUGGUAAGGUAGCUGCAGCAGCAAAGCAACUCCUCUUUGUUGUUCUUUUCCUUCGUAAUCUUUUACCCAUUCCUGGCCUAUUUAUUAUUCAGCUUUUCUAUCCUCAUCCCAGAAAUAUUCUGAUCUGCCGAGGUUCUCAGGUUGCAUUGCUUGAUUAUGGGCAAGUGAAGGAUCUCCCUGACAAACUGAGGCUAGGAUAUGCUAAUCUUGUCCUUGCUAUUGCAGAUAAUGAUUCUAUAAGGGCAUCAGAGAGCUACAGGGAACUUCGCAUAGAUACAUUGAGCAAUUGUGAGGAUGAGCAAAAGGAACUGUUUAAAAUGGCACAAACUAUGUUCGAUACAAAGCUACCACCUGGUGUAACAAUGUUGCAACCUUUCUCGGAAGAUUCUUCAAUUAAAAAAAUCGCUGCUCAGAACAGUGGAGACCAAUUGCUGAAGAAGCCCUGCACCUUGCUGGGAGACUCACAGAUAACAUCUCCAACUCCGAAAGUACAUAAAUAG